ACUUCCGGAAACAAGGAAAUUGCGCAGUAUUUCGUGUUCUGCCUUUCAACACUGUGUCUGUGGUUUCUGUGUUUGCAAUGGAGAAUUCGGUUUCAAAGGGGAUUGAAAUGGCACCGCAGUUUUCUGGCUAUUUAGAGUUGAAAGAGUAUCAACGGCAGACCAUUGAAGCCUAUCUAUAUGGCAGAGAUGUGUUCGUUUCGGCACAGACAGGAUAUGGGAAAAGCUUAACCUUUGAGUUAGCUCCGCAUGCUUUCGAGUACUUGUCGGAAAAUAACAAGGGUCUAACAAGUCGUUGGUUCUCGUCGUCGUUCCGUUGGUCUCGCUUAUGA